CAAAUAGGAUUAAGAUAGAAAUAUAUACGCUGACCCUAUAGUCGUCAGUCGCAGAGUGCCACCCGGGUGAUCCAUUUCAAUUGACGCUUUACUGCGAGCAGUCAACCCCAUUUGGCGUCCUCGUCUCUCAGUCAACCGGAUAGAUUAGCGUCGAUUUAUUUUACGACCGUCGGUCAUCCGUGCCUGCGCUCCGACCGUAAUCCAAUGAUAGUCGGGACGUUGUUUACACCGGCGCAGCAUCAUCAAUGUUUUGCAUUAUUAGUUGCGGUCUCAUCGUCCCCAUGGCUACAGCAGAUAUCAGUCAACGUGUACCCUCCGGUGCUCCACAUUAUCAGUGAAACACCGGGCGUCGGUCGUUAUCAUGCGGCAGCUACGGCGCUCGUUUCCCACAGAUGCCUUUAGUACAGAGUGAUCGUUCUUGAGAGAUGCAAGUGCGGUUAAAAACAGAUUUGAACGCGUGGCUUAGCAAGAAAUAAUGAACUUCCUUGGAUGGGUUGCUGCGAUUUUGGUUGCGACGGCGAGCACGUGUUACGGCACUGGCCAGCUGCGGUUUCCGUACGGUGACACGAACUUCAGCCUCAGCGUCUACAAGGCCGCCUUUAAUCCAGAGCGCAACAUCAUUGUCGCGCCGUUUGUGUUGCGCAACAGCGUUGCGAUGUUGUACUCGAUUGCAACCGAUACCGCACAGGAACGGCUACGCGAAGUUUUUGGUCUACCAGCCAAUUUUACUGAAUUUCUAACGAACCAAAAGGAGCUUCAUUACAUGCUGGGAGGAGGAGGCGAUGGCUUCCGCAUGAGGAACAGGAUCAUACUGAACGGGCUUCGUAAAGUGGAUGAUCACAUGAGAGACGUAAUGAAGGAAGAUUUAGACACGACGCUGGUGUACUUCGAUUUUUCACAGCGAGAAGGAGUUGUACGAAGAGUGAAUCAUUUCAUUAAUUUCAACACCAAUCGAGUAGUCAAUAGUAUAAUUAACCUAGACGAUGUUCCAAAGCACUUACAGGUGGUUCAGUUGUGCUCGGCUUCAUUCAAGCCUCCUUUUGCGAGUGCUUUUGACGCCAAGGAUACAAUGCCACGUGAUUUCAGGAGUGGAAUGAUCGAGAAGCUCUAUACGACGAUGACGAUGUUCAAAAGAGGAGAGUUUCGAUUUUCGCGUAUACCAGAACUAGAAAUCGAAGUACUAGAGCUACCGUUUGUUAAAUCAAGCGACGCCGUUAUGUGGAUCAUGCUGCCCGACCGAGAAGCAUCGUUGGAGGCGAUCAUGAAAGCUCUAGAACCGGGGCACUUUGAUGCUAUCCAGGCACAUUUUCAAAUGAAACGAGCGGAAAUUACAGUGCCACUGUUUCACAUCGAAUCGGAGUUCAACGCAACGGAAUUCCUAAGGCAAUCCAUGGGAUUGGAAGUGUUGUUCAAACAACGAGAUCUACGAAUCUUCGAAGAUGUCGAUUCUUCGUUGGAUAGUGUUAUGCAUAAGGCUGGUAUGCGAUUCUACGAGAGAACUGCUGACGCUGGAGGUGCCACCGCCGUCAGAGGUUUCAACAAGCGAAGUGCCAAACCAGUUGCCUCGUAUCAGUUUAUUGUGGCACGAUCGUAUCUUUUUGUGAUAGUAAAGAAGACAAAUAAACAAAUUCUUUUCAUGGGGCACCUCUACAAACCUGAUGAUCUGAUGGAAGUGUGAGUAGGAUGCGAUAAACCCAAAGUGGAAACCAAUUAGAGUGCAU